AUGAAAUUCUUCGCUUGCAUCUUUGCUGUUAUUGCCAUUCUGAGCGUAGCCUCGGCCGGCUACAUUCGCUCUGGCUGGUCCGUGCCGUACGUGUAUUCCUCCCCCGUAGUCUACUCACAACCGGUGGUCUACUCGCCGUACUACAGCGGUUACAGUGGUCUCGGCGGCUUGAGCGGCUACAGUGGCUGGUCCUCUGGCUGGUGGUAG